GCGCUGAUUGGAGGGGGUACCCGGCACCGUGCGCCUUGGCCGUGUGCACAUCUUUGGGCAGUAGCGUCCAGUGUUUCCAGGACAGCCGACGAGCGCAGCACUGCAUCAUGAGGUGGUUAACAGUUGCUGCUCUUCUGUUAUUUACCAUACUUGCCCUUGCAGAGGCAGGAGAUAUGAUGAGGAAAUCUAUUGUGUUUGACAAGAAAACUCCGGAUGUAUUUUACUGUCCACAACACAAACCAACAGGUUUUGAUAAAUUAAUAGUGAGGGCAAGACCUCUUAGUAAGCUGUGUGAACAUGGUGGGAAGGCAUUACCAGAUGAUUACAAGUCAGACUGUUACAAUGAUGUGGAUGAAUCAGAAUAUGCGUGCAAAGAAAAGAACCGUAUCAUGAAAAGACUUGUUCCAAAGAAGACAAGUGGAUCCACUGAUGCAGACUUCUCAGCAACAACUGAAAUAUUUACAGUAGAAGAGUAUUAAAAUGGCUUUUGUUAAUUUCUUAGAAAUUAACAUUAGGUAUUUAGAUGAGGCUGCAUCCUCCAGGGAUGGAAAAAGCAGAACCAUACAAAAUAAGAGGAAAAAUCCUCAAGAAACCUUGAAAAAUUGCAUAUUUCCUUUUGAAUUAAUUUAUUUACUGUGAAUGACUGGACUCUGUGAUUCUGUGGCUUUCCUUUACAAAGAACAGGAGGCUAACAAAAGUACUGAAAUACUACUUAUUUAUGACCUUUACUGGUUCUGUGAUGAUUAUAAUAUAAAAGUGACAGUAACAAAUUGAUAGGUGGCUGAAUAGGGAUUCAUGUUACACAUUUUGUUCAGUUUUGUUCCUCAAACUGAUCUGAUCCCUUUAUCUAAAAUACUUUGUUACAUCUAAUAUUAAUCAUGAUAAUAUUGCUAUUAAAAUUACUAGAAGAAGUCCGAUUUAAUACUGUUGCUUUUUUCAUAUUUUCAGAGAUAUGUACAAGUUUAUGUUGUGAAGUAACACUAUUGCACAUGAGAGAUUUAUCCUCACAGCUCUAAAAAUAUAUGGUGACUGAAACACUAGAGAUUUUGUCUAAUGUUUAUUAAAAUGUUGUAUACUUUUGCUUGCCAUUAUUUGUUAAUAAAAUACACUCCUAUUUUUAAAA